AUGGUUUCAUCCACAUCAAGUUCUCGAUCCGCAUCUCCAGAUUGCGCAGAGACAAUGCAGAUAUUCGUCAAGAAUGUGUCAGGCGAGACAAUCGCCUUGACAGUGCCUCAAGACCUCACAGUCGCCAACCUCACAACCCUCCUCUCCGUCCGCACUUCCCUCCCAUCACCAGAUCUACGUCUAGUCUACGCAGGCAAGCACCUCUCACCCUCAUCCACACUCGCGGACCACCGCAUCGCCCGCGAAUCAACAUUACAUCUCGCAUUACCCAUGCGCGGCGGUAUGCCACCCAAGAAGCUGCGUUGCACAUUCAAGGACUGCCGGGAAGGAGCCCAGCGGAUCAUCGGCGACUGCGGGUUCUGCAAUGGGCAUUUCUGCGGGAAGCACAGGUUACUUGAGGAUCACAAGUGCGAUGGGCUUGAAGACUGCAAGAAGGAGUCGCAUGAUCGCAACGCAGCGCAGCUGAACAAGGAACGAACACAGGUCAUCAAGGGCAUCUAA